CUGUUUUAUGGAGUGGACGCUAAAGGGCGGGACUUCUGGAAGCUUUUGAACACAGCAGACCUCUUCCGGUCCCGAGGGGCGGCCAAGUGUGCGCACAAUAUCAGAUAGCGACGCGCUGAGGAUGGCGAGGAGACCGGCGGAGAUGAUGAACAAGGAGCUGCUAAACGCCAGCUUCCAAGGCUCGCACCCGGCAGUUGUCGACCUGCUGCGGGAGGGUGUCGACGUCAAUGUCGACCAUCUCUUCUACGAAGAUACGUAUACAGUGUACCAGGCCCUGACGUACGCCAUCAUGGGAGGCCACGUGCAAGUGGUCCGGACCCUGGUCGAGGCUGGCGCACGCCUGGAAGACGAGUGCGGCCCCGGCUGCGAGACAGCACUGGUUACAGCUGCAGCUCUCGGACACACGGAGAUCGUCCAGUAUUUGGUGGAGAAGGGUGCUCAAGUGAACGCUAUAUCUAGUUGGGAACAGUACUCGGCGCUAACCGCAGCCUGUGAGCGGGGCAGCGCAGAGAUAGUGCGCCUUCUGCUGAUGGCGGGCGCGCAUGUGGAGCACCAGAACCUCCUGAAUUACACACCGCUGAUGGUGGCCUGCGAUGGCUGCCACCUGGAGGUGGUGCGGCUGCUCAUCAACGGCGGUGCUCAGCCGACGGAGCCGCCGGACAGUCCAGACACGCCGCUGCUGCUGGCAGCGCAACGUGGCCAUCUGGAGAUAGUCCGACUGCUGCUCAGCAAAGGCGUCGACACAGAAAAAGUUAACCAAGCAGGACACACAGCCUUAAUGGAGGUGGCCAGAAAAGGGCUCAGUGAGUUGGUGACCCUUCUGCUCUCGCAUGGUGCCAACGUCAACUUCAUCACGGAGGACGGCAAGAGAUCGGCGCUGUCAAUGGCGUGCGCCAAUGGAUACCUGGAGACGGCCCGCAUCUUGGUCAAGGACGGAGCCGAGAUCAACAACUGCACUGCCUCGCCGCUGUUUGAGGCCGCACGUACAGGCAAGGACAGGAUCGUCAGCUGGUUGCUGGAACUGGGCGUUCCGGUGCAGCAUCGCAACAGUGACGGAGACACGGCACUGAUCAAGGCAGCCCGGCACGGCCAGGCGGCGGUGGGGCUGGUCAUGCUGGAGCACGGCGCCGAUGUGGAGGCGCUGAACCAUUGCAACCGCUCGGCGCUGAUGGAGGCGGCUGUUGAAGGCCACAGCGGCGUCGUGCUGCUGUUGCUGGGCUGGGGCGCAGACGUGAACCGGCCCUCUCCUGACAACACGGUCACGCCUCUGAGCCUGGCCUGCCGCGGCGGCUGGCACCACACUGUCCGCCUGCUGCUGCUGCGCGGAGCCGACCCCACGCACCGGCUCAAGGCAGGUGGCCGCCGUGGCCGGGCCUGA